UCUGACACAAUUGUGGGGUAGCGCAACUGUGACUUGAAUCUGGAUCCUUGUCAACCUUACCAUUACACCAAGAGGCUCGUGAUAGGUCUCUAGCACAGGAGGUUGGUGGCACCUUAAUUGGGGAGGACGAGUUUGUGGGAAUGGCUGGAGCGGAAUCAGUGGAAUGGUAUCAUACAUUAAACACAUGGUUUAAUGCCAUUCCAUUUGCUCCAUUCCAACCGUUAUUAUGAGCCGUCCUCCCCUCAGCAGCCUCCACUGACGAUGUUGUAGCUUGUAGAUCAGCUAUUAAACCGUUUUUACAUUAAGGUUUACCUCCCUGUGAUGGGAAGCCUACUGACAGAGAGUACUGUACUUUGUUUACCACAGAUGAUUAUCUGGGGAAAGCCUUCAGACACUGCAACGCAGCAAAGAGGGGUGGCGUUUGUCGAACUGGAGCACGUCAAUAGGCUCAAGGAAUGCAUUGCCAGCGCUGACUGGCUGCAGUUUUGGUUGUGGGUGUGGCUCAUUUUUACAUGUAUGACUAGAAUAUUUGAGGAGGCGGUGCGGAAAUAGUGGGCGAAGAUGGCGUCGGGGAAGAAGGGAGGAAACAGCAGCCUCGAAAAAGGUUUGAAUGGAAGACGUUCGUCAAAACAUAAGGAGGGGCCAAUAGUGAUGGACACCAAGGCGGUGUUUACUGCCCUGUACAGUGUGUGUGAGGAGAAUGCUACGUUCUUCUCUGAGGGUGCUAAGGGGGCUCAGGGGGGUGCGGCACAGCGGCUGGUGGACACCAUGACCCUAAUCCAGGAGCACGCCCGCAGCCUGGAACCUGUCAUCUCUGGCUUCGCAGCCAUCUACCAUCACUUUGACUUUGACCCUCACAUACCAGCCAACGGAUACCGCUCUCUAGUCAAGGUGGUGCGCUGCUGCAUUCUCCACAUCAUCCACAAGGGGCGCUACAUCUCCACCAACCGACGCAGCAUCUUCUUUCGGACGGCCCACAACGCAGGGGAGAUGGAGGCCUACUGCUCGGCCCUAUGUCAGCUGAGAGCCCUGCUCUACCUGGCCCAGCGACUGCUGCACGACAACAGCCACGGGAACCUCUUCUUCCACGAGGAGAGCGGCCUCAGCCAGAGCUUCAUCCGGGAGUACUCCUCCAUGCACAAGGGCUGCUUCUACGGACGCUGCCUCGGAUUCCAGUUCACUCCAGCCAUCCGUCCCUGUCUGCAGACCAUAGCCAUCGGCCUAGUGGCCUUCGGAGAGAACUACAGGCGCCACCAGUCAGGCAUUGUGGAGGAAGGAGGUAUUGCACCAUAUGGUGUAGCAGCCAGCUCCUUCUUUACCUCAGGGAAGUACGCCAUCGACCCGGAGUUAAGGGGGGCGGAGUUUGAACGCAUCACUCAGAACCUGGAUGUCCACUUCUGGAAGGCCUUCUGGAACAUCACAGAGACCGAGGUUCUAUCUAGUCUAGCCAGUAUGACGUCCACCCAGGUGAAGGUGAACCGUGCCCUCUCGGUGCCCCCUGUGCCCUUUGACCUCCCGCUGGUGGCUGAUCCCCACCUCACUGUCACCAUAGAGGCCCCGUCGGCCCACACCGGCCCUGGCCCCGUACAGAUGAGGCUGAUCUCCUUCGAGCUGAGGGAGGGACAGGACAGUGAGGCGUUGCUGUCCCUGUCUCGUUCUGAGGGGGGUUCUAUCUCCCUGUCUCUGGGAAUGAAGACCAAGCAGAGCCCCGCUUCUCGCUGGCUCCUGGUGCACUACCACGGAGGAGGCUUUGUGGCCCAGACUUCCAAGUCUCACGAGCCGUACCUGAAGAGCUGGUCUCAGGACCUGGGUGUGCCCAUCCUGUCUGUGGACUACUCUCUGGCCCCUGAAGCCCCCUUCCCCAGGGCCCUGGAGGACUGCUUCUACGCUUACUGCUGGGCCAUCAAGAAUCACCAGCUGCUGGGUUGGACGGGGGAGAAUGUCUGUCUGGCCGGUGACAGUGCUGGUGGUAACCUGUGUAUUACAACAUCGAUGCGCGCUGCGUCUCAUGGAGUGCGAAUGCCUGAUGGAAUUGUAGCUGCCUACCCUGCCAUCCUGCUCACCGCCUAUGCCUCGCCCUCCCGCCUGCUCACCCUCUUCGACCCCCUACUGCCCCUCAGUGUGCUCUCCAGGUGUCUCAGUGCCUACGCAGGUGAGGAGCCCCAGGCAGAGAAGCAGGUGGAGAAGGUGAGCACUCUGAGCAUGGUGAGAAGAGACACGGCCCUGCUGCUCAGAGACUUCAAACAGGGAGCUUCCAACUGGAUCCACUCCCUACUGGACCCCAACAGAGCCGCUGCCAUGGCAUCAACAGACACGUCUUUGUCAGUGAGGAAGAGUGUGUCUGAGGCAUCCAUCAGCUCGCCCCACUCGGACCCCCCCGUGCCCCCUGAGCAUCCUUUUGACUUCUCCCUGAGGAGAGAGUCUCUGAAGAGCCACACCUGCCAGGACUUGGCAGGCCACGCCAACAACGCCAACUCCACCCCCGCUGCUGCCCCCACCACUCCUGCCCACAAUGCAAUGGUGUUCCCCAAACCCACGCCUGACAACGUGAGCUUCUUCCUCUCCAAAGAGGAUGUGGUGUCCAUGUCGGAUGCUCUGUCUUCUGUUGCCAUAGCGCCCCCUGAGGGGGAGGAGGGCGUGGUGCUGGAGCACCCUCGGGAGUUCCCCCUGGGCUUCGAACCGCUGCGCUCUGAGCGGCUGGCUGAGAUGAAGCUGGCCACCUCGCCUGUCGUCAGGAACCCCUACAUGUCUCCUCUACUGGCCCCCGACAGCAUGCUGAGAGGACUGCCCCCCAUUCACCUAGUGGCCUGUGCGUUAGACCCCAUGCUGGAUGACUCUGUGAUGUUUGCCAAGCGCCUGAGGAACGUAGAUCAGCCAGUCACCCUGUGUGUGGUGGACGACCUCCCCCACGGCUUUCUCAGCCUAUCACAGCUCUCCAGGGAGACUAGGGAAGCGGCUAACGUCUGCGUCAACCGAAUCAGGGACGUCUUUGACCAGAAGGACUCGCCCCAGGAGCCGCGCAUGCACCGCAAGCUGGAAAGGACCAAUCGCCGUGCUUCCUCUGUCGCCACGGGUGACCCAGAGAAGCUUUUUGCAGCACCCAUUCAAGAGGAGGAGCUGCUGGUGGCCAGGGGAGGGGCUCUAGUUCCAGAUGGGGCGGGGCUAGUUGGCUUGGCAGCACAGAACAACAUAGACAUUGUCGGAUAAAGGCAUAAUCAGGGGUUUGCUAGAUGAGUACUGUUUGUUAAAGGAUUUAAAGGAGAUGGAGAAAAGGGGGUAUUUGGGCCAUAUGAAGCCUGGGAGAGGAGAAGGGAAUAGAGCGAAGCAAAGACAGCAGGAGGAGGAUAUGCAGAAGGAGUUGGUAGCAUGCCCAGUUUUGGAGAGACAAAAUGAAGUACCUAUGGAUAGAGAGGAUAGCAAGUACUAAAUGCAACCUCUUCAGCUUUCAAACUCUCAAUUGCUGCUUGCUGUUUAGCACCAUGCAGAGCAACAUGUUGCCCAUACUGGUUGACACACACGCGCACACACAAAAUCACUUUGCCUUUUGGGCUGCUGCAUUGUGCUCGGUGUAGAACUGUGAGUUUGGAGCCUGGACAUUAUAAAACAGCACAGAGCGUUGUGGUGAAUGGUCGAUCCAUCUCCCUAUAGAAGACUAUUCCAGUCCCUAAUCAGAUAGUGGUAGACGUGCAAUGAGCUCCUACAUAGUGCCAUCACAACUUAAUGGCCACUUGUUUUUUAGGGAGCUACUCUAAAUCAAGCUUAAUAACUGUAGAACUCUGAGGUCUGUUAAACUAGUUGGUUGUGAAUACUGCCGCUGUUCGGUCACUUACUCUGCUGAUUGGCCCAUCAAUAGGGUGCUGCAGCACUGGAAACAACAAACUUAGAAAUUGGAAGGAUUUCGUAGUACCUUGAAAUUGUUAACCAUAAUAGAUCUUAUGUCAUAGUAUUCCUUGUUAUUUGUAUUUAUUGUGUGUGUAUACUCGUAUUGUAUUCUUAUUUUAACCAUGGAUCAUAGUUAUACCUGUUUGUUCAAGGCUUUUAAGAGCAUAUUGUGAGGUGGAUGCUAAGUUAUGUUCCUAGCUGUGUAGUGCCAUACUCUGUGGCUGCUCAUUCCUAGUUGUUGAAAGUAGCCAAAUGUUAACCUCUACCACUGUAGCGACUAGUGGUCAGCUAGCCGUUACCCACCCAAACAUUCACCUCACAGUGAGAUGUGACAUAUUCGAUAUUAUUAUAUUCUGCUCUUUCUUUUAUACUGAUAUAUUAUAACUAGCCAAUCAUAAAUAGCUAAUGCAAUAUUAUAGCUGCAUGUUCAUCAGUGCAAUCAAAAGGAUUCAGUUGUGCCAUAAUCAUAUUGUGCUUGGAUUUAAGUACACUGUUGUGGGGGUAAAGCAUCAAGUCACAGUCGUUUUUGUUUUGAUCAUUUUUAUUGACACACAGUAAUUAAGUCUUAUGAUUUUAAGUAUCUUGUGCUCAGCCUUUGUUUGUUGCCAUCUAAAAGCAACACUUAGCUGUCUAUAGACUGACUGCCUUUAGAAGCAGAUGGUUUUUUAAAGACUUGAAAUCCUUUCUCUAUUUGCACAGUGAAUAACUUCAAUAUGAAAGCCUGAAGCAGACAGAUGCACUGCACAUCUCUUCAUACUAUAUCUGUACAUCACUGCACUGACUGCCAAAACCGCAGCCCUCUAUCCCAGGAUGCAGUGCGUUACACUGCCACAGCCCUUGAGCCAGGGGACGUCCUGCUUGCUGACCCAUUUCUGCGCCUCCGUCCAAAUCACAGAGGAUCCAUUCUGCUCCAACAGCCUGUACCGAGCGAGCAGGAGAAUCUAGAACAAGCCUGAUAGUGAGCUCAUACUCACUGAGCAGGUGACUUCUCUAGUUAGCUAAUGUGUCUUUUUGUGCACCUUUAGGACAUUCUACAGUGGCUAACUGACAAUCUAGGUUCUACACCAUCUUUACCCCAUGCAAAUACUCAGGGGCUGAUGCUGCUACUACUACGUUUUGACUGAAUCUGAUUUGAUACUUGAUAUGGCCUCUGUCUAGCUUGUUGAGAAUGAAUGAUUCACAUUGGAGUGAAGGAGGUGUCCCUUUUGUGUCGUCCUCUAGCAAGCCUUUAACUAAAUAUAAAUGACAACAACCUCACUUCUGGUGCUGUCCUUGUCUGGUGGUCACAGGCCUGGGUUGCCAGAUCUGUUGAGAAUUAUGCUGGGUGAUAAAGAUUGCUUUUGGCUGGAUUUAGAGCAGGGUUUAUCCAGCACAAGGUCAUAAUCUAGUAUUAUGAUUCACUGUGCUGUUUCCUGCCAAUGCUUUUUGCAGCGUUUUGAGGCAGGCUGAUAGAAAUUAAGAGAGCUGUUAAGUGAUUCCUUGAAUACCUUCACGGUUAUCUAGUUUUUAGAAGUCUUGUGUUUAAUGGUUGAUGGUUUUAGAUGCUAGUUAUGAUCAUUUCACACUUUUUCUUUGUACGUUAAUUGUAACUGUGUGUCUGUGUUUAGUGCCGUGUGAGUGUCUGGUAAGUGGAUUCUGUAUGUGUCUAUCAAUGAUUCUAACAUUGCACGUGUUUGUUAGUGAUUGUGUGGGGGGAACAUCUACCAUCUUUGGAACAUGAUUGUGUGUUUUUAAAUGCAGCAGUAAAGCAGCACGUGGGUGUAUGGGGCCAUGAGUUGCAAUCCAAGCCUCUGAAUCUCAUGGGUGUUGUACAGUACACUAUUGGUUAGCCAAGCAGGACUUCUGAGAUCCCAUUUAACAUUAUGCAUUCUGUCAGCCAUCCUUGCUAUGAUGCAUUACAAGGUCCUUGAUGAAUACAGUUCUCAUUGUGCGCUAGCAACAUAACUGAUCGUGCAUAUUGAGAUUUAGUAGCCUGGUGUCUCCAUUGCCAGAGUAGAUAUCAUAACCCCACACACACACCCGACCAGCACCACUCCAGGCCCUAUGGGAUGCCCUGAAUGGCUCCUAUGGACUACUAGCGCCCCCAAUGAGCAAGGCUGGUACAGCCCUCUGACCUAUCUAUGGAAAUGUGUAAUGGUGGGUUAGAACCGCUUGGUGGUUUAUGACCAAAUCCUUUUUAUUUGGGUUGUGGCUUUAGACCAGGUCCUGGUCAGAAACAUUGCUCUUGUUUUCUUGGUGGGUCACAAUAAAUUAUUUUAUAUGGGUCACAGUGCAACAACUUUGGGAACCACUGCAAAAGCUGCUCUUUUAAUGGCUACCAAUCCUUCACCUGAUCUGAGAGGAGGGCAACGCACAGGAGAAAUCCAUGACAUGGUGCUAGCCCAUUAGUCUCGUGAGGUUAUCACCAUCUUGUUUUCACCUUCCUAGUCUAGGUUGUCAGGAAAGGGGAGGAGCCAUUUGAGAACAUUGGAACAUGGUCUCCCUCCACAUGUGGGCAACUACUGUUUCUAUGCCUCUAGAGUUUAAAAAAAAAUAUAUAUAUAAAAAAAAAAAAAAAAAGUUUUGUCUUUAUUUAACUAAGCAAGUCAUUUAAGAACAAAUUAUUUUCAAUGACAACCUAGGAACAGUGGGUUAACUGCCUUGUUCAGGGGCAGAACGACAGAUUUUUACUGUGUCAGCUCGGGGAUUCGAUCUUGCAACCUUUCGGUUACUAGUCCAAUGCUCUUAACCACUAGGCUACCUGCCGCCCGAUGCAUCAUGCAUUAGCAUUUGUGUGCGUGUUGCCGCGUUCAAAACAACUUGCCACUGAAAAAUGAGGUCAAAUCAUGACGUCAGUGAUCUUCAGGUCGGAAAGUCCGAGCUCUAGAAAGAGGCCCAAGAUUCCGAGUUGGAUGAAGGUUCAAAUACAUUUUCAGUCAGAUCACUUUUUCCUCGAUUUCACAGUUUUGAACGCUCGGAAGUUGGAGAAUUUCUAUUUCCUAGUUGUUUUGGGGAGUGUGAUCCUCAUUUUGGUCUUGAAAUGCAAAAUGGCUGAAGUGGUGUGGAGUGGCUUUGUGUGUUUUGAUUAUACAUCGUACCUCAACCAUUUCCCUCAUGUAUAGGCUAUUUACACUGGAUUCAACAUCUCUUAGCCCUGGGAUAUCUUUAGCUCUAGGGCUAACCUGAAACAUGCAUUGUGAAAAGCCUAUUAGUACGUCAACAUAUUAUCUAAAAGUUGUUUAGGUUAAGUACCCGGUCAAAUGUUACACCACACACAGCUAUGCAGUAACACACCAGCAUCCUUUACUAGAUUUUGUCUUUGGUGAGCCAUGUCUCCUUUUUCGAUCUAACAUUCGGUUACUUACUUGGUUGAAAUGCUUUCGAUCCACCCUGAGGCUAGAGUUAUGCAAGGCUAUUUUCCAUUUCCAUUUGGUCAUUUAGCAGACGGCAUAGCACUUAGUUUGCCUAGAGCAUUGUGCAAUCUACACAAUCUGGUCACUUGAGAAUACUUGAAUAGAACUGAUCUCGACUGCCCCUCCUUCGCAAAUGUGUUCUUCUUUAUAGGAAAUUAUUUUCUUCUCUUAUUUUGUCCCCCUUAGACCAGGGGUUCUAAAAGUGGGGUCUGUGGAGAUACUGCAGGGCGUCCGCGGCCAGACGACAUUUUCACCAAUUAUACAUUUUUCAACUUAGCUAUUCCCCCAAAAUGUAUUGUUGUACAUAAAUGCACUUGAAUUUAAGCUUUAAACUGCCAUUUUUUUCUCUGCCUCAUGGCAAUGUGUCGGUUGCAGGAUAUUACCUAAAUAAAUAUUACCUACCUAAAUAUUACCUACCUAAAGCUGCAACAAUAACAAAUCUCUGCCCCAUGACAAGGUGUUGCAGGAACUGCAACAUUUUCACUCCGAUGCCAAGAGUCAGGCCUUUUUUUCAUUUGACCUUUUAUUUAACCAGGCAAGUCAAAUUCUUAUUUUCAAUGACGGCCUAGGAACAGUGGGUUACCUGCCUUGUUCAGGGGCAGAACGACAGAUUUGUACCUUGUCAGCUCGGGGAUUCAAUAUUGCAACCUUUCGGUUACUAGUCUAAUGCUCUAACCACUAGGCUACCUGCCGCCCCAAAUGUUCUUUAAAUGUUCUUACCCCAGGCCCGAGACUUGGAUUGUUCAGCCAUACACUGCAGAAGUCAUGAUAACUCCUUGUGGACAAUUUUUUUUAUCUCACUCUAGUUAUGUUUUAUGAGGGGGGUCCUGAUGAAUUUGCUAUCACAAAAGGGCUCCCCUCCCCAGCCCCAAAACAUUUGCGAACCCCUGACUUAGACAAUACCACCUGUGUGAUAAAGUGCAUGUUAGAUUAAGGCUUGCAGUAGAACCAAAGAUUGCGUCUAGUUUUAUAUGAAACUGGCUAUCACUGUCAUUGACAUUAGUAACAGACAUCUUAGCCUGGGUUGAUGUCUGUGCGUCCUGUUAGCUGUGUCAUUGAGAUCUACAUAGUAGUUCUGUGUUUGCACUUUAUGGAACAAGACACUGUGGUUAAUAUAGAGCUAUUUUAUUAAAACCUACAUAAAGCCAUAGAAAGACUGGAAUAUUUUUGGGGGAAGUUAACUUCAUUUUUUAUUUACAUUAUUUUACAACACCACAAGUGCAUCCAUGUGAAUAAAAGAUGAAUCUAUAUUACAAAAAUAAAAUAAAUUUCCUGUAUA